GUCGCGAUUGUAUCGCCCGCAGCGUACGCAAGUAAAAACAAAAGGCGGUGCGUACCGACGAACCUUUACGUGAGCUGUUGAGAAGAAAGCAACGAAGAAGAGGGUGGUGGAGCCAACAACACACCUGUCAAAAGCGCGAAAGAAAUCUACAAAGCGACGACGGCGGACGAUAACGUUGAACAAUAACAAUAGCAACAGCAACAACAUCACUAACAACAACCCUGGUUCAGCAGCGCGCUCGGGUUGUGCGCCAACAGUGAAGGUGAACAGAAAAGCAGAAAGAAGAAAAGUGAAACGAUAAUCCCGCUUGAAAAGAGAAAGUAUCUGGCGCUAGAGCGCGUACAAGGAAGCAGUCUUCCUUUGGCCAUUUGCCGUUUUUGGUUGUGUCCCGUGUGUGUCGCGGUGCGUAGUGAAGGAAGCGUAUUCUUAACCCCCGCCUGCUACGGAACGGUUCGUCGGUUGCGUAUUAACUGCGUAAGGUUAUAGCCCUUCCGUCCGAACCAUCGCGCAACGAACGAACCUUUGGAAGGUACGAUAUCGGACCCCAGGAGCGGAUGUUGCAAUCAGAAAAUCGAAGCAUUGCUGCAGUGCAGAGGCACACACACGAUGCAGUUAAGAAUGCAUGAAGGGUAACCCUUUUGUUUUUGUUGCAAUCUCCGUAGUUCUUCGCCCUUUCGGAAAGUUAAAGCGCACAGCCGCGCUGCUUCACUAAAUAUGUUUCACUAAAAAUCAUAUUACGUGACACACAUAAAUCUUUCGUAGCUUCGUGUGUGCGUGUGUGCGCGCGCGUGUGUGUGUGUGUGUGGCAGUUUUUAUUUUUCUUGCCUUAUUUCGUAUGUCGUCUCUGCUUAUUUUGUGCGUCGUGCGUAACCGUACCGACCGAUUGUGUCCACCAAAGGCAGCCAGUGAGGAAACAAAAGAAACAAGAAUACAUAAAUAAAGCGAACGUAACGUCAAACGGGCCUCGCGGUAUCGCCAGCUCAUUUGAUAGCCGCCGCAAGCAAACGCCGUAAGUGAUAAGCGGGCCCGCGGGUUCCAACCGGGAACCAAAUCCAAGUGGUGCGGUGUACGUGUGUGUGUGUGUGUGUGGUAAGCGCUGAUCGAGCCUCCCCCGAGGGUGUUUUGAUUGUGACCGGUUUUAUUAGGAGAAAUGUGUAACGUGUAAGAAUCCGCACAGUGCACCGUGGUAGCAAGGGGUAGCUUUGGUUCGUUCCGAGGUAGUCCCGGGGCCGAAAAGAAAACAAACAACCCGAGCGAGGAAAUCCCGGCGGACGGUUCCUUUAUCGGUCGUAGCAAGGAUUGCGCGGCUGGUCGCAAUUGAUUGACGUUCGGUUGGAAAAGCUGGGUGAACUAUAUCUAGGUCAUCUGGUGGGGAUACUGGUAACGCUGCUUGUCAACUUGGAGGAAGCAACCCGCUUUUGGUCGAAGAUACGGCGAAAAAUGGAUGGCAGCAGUGGAGGAGGAGGAGGAGGAGGAGGAGGAGGAGGAGGAGGUGGCGGUGGUGGAGCAAACAGUGGUCCACCGAGCGUAGCACACGCUUCCUCGUCCUGUUUGAUGGCGACCGAUCCCGACCUUACCGCUUACCUAGCAAACUAUCCACUAUAUUCCUCACGGCACAGUGUAUCAAGCAGCCGGGCAAACGUCACUGCUGGAUUGGCCAACGGAAUUACCUCCACCGGUCGGUGGGAAUCAACGACGGCCAGUACGACGCCACGCAAGAAAAGCUGGUCGGAGCUGAAAUCGAUCGUUAACGAAACGCGCCGCCAAAUGGCCACGACGAUGGCCGUAUCCUUCCCGAUGAACGUAAACUUUCGCACGCUUUCCGACGGGCGAUCGCGGGUUUACUUUCUAAGCCCGCCGCCGGCCUCCUGGGACACGAUGCUGUUUUACGUGGACGUUCCGUGCGCUCGGACGACGGCUGCACGAAGUGAGCGGGACCGACACCAGCAGACGGACAGUGACAUCGAUCUGGAUGAGCUGCCGCCCGGUGCACGGCAAAAGCCCCAUCUCGAGUGGCACCAACUGCUCGAAUCGAUACUGGGGCAUCUGCCGACGGCGAACUCCCGCGAGGUGCAGCUAAUGCUGGAACGCAAGCGUCUCUCGGUCUGGGGCAUCACCUCGUACGAGCUUCACAAAUCGAGCGGCAAAAUCGUGUUCCCUGCCUGCACCACACUUUACCAGUGUCUGGAUACGGGUUAUGAGGAAAAUACACUCUUCCCUUCGGAGCUUCGGUUUUCGCAGCGGGCGGCCGUGAUCGAUCCACAAAUAUGCCCACAAAACUCGGACCUGGUGGCGUUUGUGUGCAACGGCGACAUUUGGGUGGUGCACACGCACAGCGGCCAUAGCGAGCGGCUUACGUACGCCCACGACGGACGUCGUUCGUUCGCCGAGGAUCCACUGACGGCGGGCGUACCGUCCUACGUGAUGCAGGAGGAGUUUAGCCGAUACCAGGGAUUCUGGUGGCAACCGGAAAGUCACGACGAGAUCUACCGCAUCGUGUACGAGGAGGUAGACGAAAGUGACGUUAGUCUCUACACCUUUCCCUCAUCGCAAUCGUCCGGCCGAGACUUCGAGGAGUAUCGGUUUCCCCGUGCCGGCACGCCGAACGCGAAAUCAAAGCUAAAGCUCGUCCAGUUUCGACUCUCGGAAAACCUGCGCAUAACGGACAUUUGCAUCAAAGAGCUGCAGUGUCCACUAACGUUCGCCUUUCCCUGGUUGGAAUACAUCGUGCGAAUCGGUUGGACACCGGACUCGAAGCACAUUUGGGCACAACUACUCGAUCGUCCGCAGCAGCGGCUGGAGCUUGUGCUGCUACCGCUGGAUAACUUUUGCGAAAUCUACAGCAGCAGCUCUUCCUCGCCAAACUGUGGAGCAGCGGCAGGUGCGACAUCGGCCGCAGCUGGUACCAACAGUAGCAGUGCAGCCCCUUCAGGAGCAUCAUCGUACGGCACUUCCCCCGGGCAGCAACUUCAUGGCCAUCAUGCACAUCCGCCACGGAAAUCAUCGUCCGGUUGGCGCUCGCCGCUAGACAAAUCGACGCGCCCCCUGCAAGUGAUCUAUUCGGAAACGUCCAGCAGUUGGGUGAACGUGCACGAUGUGCUGCAGUUUGUCGCGAUGUCCGAGCAGGAGGUGACGUUCCUGUGGGCUUCGGAGGAAACGGGCUUUCGUCAUCUGUACUUGAUCACAUCUAGUCUUACUCCGCACGGAUGCAGCGGGAGCGGUGUUAGCAAUAGUUACAAUAGCAAUAGCGUCGGAAACCAUCACAGCACAAACCUCAGCCACGUACAGCACGGGCACGGACAGGACGAAGCGAAUAGCGCCAGCUUACCGCCAGCUCCGGACCACUCGCUUCCGUCCAUGGCGUGCGUGGGCAGUACGCUGGUACCGCGCAUCGUUAGGAAGGUGGCCCUAACCGCGGGCCCCUGGGAGGUGCUGGGCCGCAACGUUUGGUUCGAUAGUGUGCGCCAGCUGGUGUACUUCAUGGCACUUCGGGAGACCCCGCUGGAGAAGCAUCUUUACGUCGUCAGCCUGGCACAGCCAAAUGCGUUGCGAUUGCUGACCAUACCCGGGUUUUCGUUCACCGUCGAGUUUAACGAUGACUGUACACUAUUUCUUCAAACGUACUGCAACAUCUCCACCCUGCCAUCGUGGGAAUUGAUACGGAUAAGGCACGAUACGGAUGGCAGUGGAUGCGGUUCGCCGCCGGUCGACACGCUCGAGCUGAUCUCGGAGGGUUAUCUGGCCGAGGGCGGGCCCUCGGAAAAUACGCAGUACAACCCCUACAUCUACAGCCCGCAGAUCUCGACCGGUGACGUGCUGUACGCGAUGGUGUUCAAACCACACAACUUCAUGCUGGGCGUCAAGUAUCCCACCGUGCUCAAUGUGUACGGUGGGCCGGAAGUGCAAACGGUGAACAAUACGUUCAAAGGCAUGCGCCAGCUGCGGAUGCAUAUGCUCGCCUCGCAAGGAUACUGCGUGAUUUGUGUGGAUUCGCGCGGUUCGCGCCAUCGGGGCGUCGAGUUCGAGUCGUACAUUCGGUGCCGGAUGGGCACGGUCGAGCUGUCGGAUCAGGUGGAAGUGUUGCGGAUUUUGGCCGACCAGCUGGGCUACAUUGACAUGGACCGGGUGGCGAUACACGGCUGGUCUUAUGGUGGAUAUUUAAGUCUGAUGGGGCUGGUGCAAUACCCGGACAUAUUCAAAGUUUCAAUCGCGGGCGCACCGGUAACGAGCUGGGAAUAUUACGAUACCGGCUACACCGAACGCUACAUGGAUCUGCCGGACAACAAUCGGGCCGGCUACACGGCAGGUUCGGUGCUCAACUACAUUCAAAAGUUUCCCGACGAGGACAACCGGUUGCUCAUCAUCCACGGUCUCAUUGACGAGAACGUACACUUCUACCACACCUCGCAGCUGGUCAGCCGUCUGGUCCGGGCGAACAAACCGUACCAGCUGCAGGUGUACCCGAACGAGCGCCACUCGCUCCGCAACCUGGAGGCCAGCAAGCACUACGAAACCAAGCUGCUAUCGUUUCUGCAAAACCAUCUCUGAACCAGCGAACCGAACAGAGCGUCCAAACCAACCGGUCCGACCGCACCAGGCAGCGGUCUGCGGUGGUGCGGUGGGGCACCAGGGCAACCAUCGAUCUGGCGAAGGGUGCGGCUGGCUGGUUGCUGCGCUCGCAGACAGCACAACCGCCGCUACCCCCGAUCGUUAGCCGGCUUCCGUCCGUCCGGAUCGCCGGCGCUCUCGCUUUCGGCGGAAUCGAUUCCGGCGGCUCGUUCCGUGCGCUCGUCUCGAUGGCGAGCUUUGUGCGAACGUUUGUGUCUCUUUCGCUUCCGUGCAUUGCUAAACCCCGGGUGCUAGGACGGACAUGAAGAAACGGCCCGGUAUUGGUAACGCGUUUUGUUCGUUCGUUCGCUUGAAAGUCUAACGCUUGCGGUGCUUGCCAUUUGAUUGUGUUUAAAGGCAGCAGGAUAACUAUCGAACUGGAUGAUCAUGGUCCGAAGACCAGCUUUUAAACAUUGAACAUUGAAACCCAUAAAGUAUGGCGACAUUGUGCUGUCCCUGUUCCGGGUCCUCUACACACUGCCCAUCCCCCCGGAACGCAAGACUUCGUGAUUCGAGGGAUCCUUUUCUUCCGGCCGGCGGUGCUUAUCGUGUCAACGACCGUUUGCUGGCGGCGGUUGUGCUAGGUUGUUUUGUACGUGUGUGUGUGUUUUUUUUAAGUGCAAAUUGUGCUCGAACGAAUUUUUGUUGUUUCGCUGUUUUAAGGGUGAAUCAUAGUGUAAAAAAAAAAAACAAAGUGUAGCAUAGGUAGUGGCGCUGAGUGGUUGAAUGCUGUUGGGCCGAUCGGUUGUUACGAUGCGAUUUUUAUCCGUUGAACACCUUAAAUUUGCUCUGGAAACUUUACGUUUAUAGUCAGCGACAAAAACAAAGCUGUGCUUGGUCUAUGUUUGGUCUGCGUUUGCACGCGCUCAUUGCUGCUUAUAGUUGGGAGCUUUAGUUGUGAGAUUGUGUUGUUACAUUUUUAGUUUUGAAAUUUUGAAACGGUUAAAGUUGCCCGCGUGUCCCGAACCCACUCAAAUGUACGGGUGCAGAACGAAAUGGGUGAGGAGCAGCAGAACGAAAAAACGAAUAAAAUAUUGUGCUAAACGAAACAAA